UGGUAAUAUAAAAUUUAUUUUUACUUUUUCUCAUUUCUUAUUUUUUAUAAUUUAUAACUUUAUAUUUUUUAAUGUGAUAUUAUUAUGAUUAUUAUAAAUAAUAUGAUAGAAAUGGAAUUACAAUAUGAUAAGAUUCAAGCAAACUCGAAUUCUGAUGAAUUAUAUCAAAUGCAUAGAGAAAUAAAUGAUAUUAAAUCAAAAUUACUCGAAUGUCAAAAAGAAUAUGAAUAUACAGAGGUAGAAAUACAUAAUGUCAAUCAAUUGAAAGAUAAAGGAAUAUAUGUAUUAAACAAUGUAGAAAGAAAUUACAAUAAUUUAGAUGAAGAGUUAAAACAAAUUCAUUGUAACUAUGUAAAAUGUAUCGAGAAAGUUAAUUCUGAUGAUGACACUAUUCAACAAAGAAUUAAUUCGUUAACAAUGCAAAGAGAUAACUUAAAAAAAAAAUUAGAUGAAUUACAGAAAACAACAGAUGAAAAUAAUAAAAAAUUGAUAGAAAUCAAAAAUAUGAUUAUAAUUCAAGAGAAAAAAAAUAUUGCAUUAAUGCGAAAAUUAAAAAGAAUUACAGAAAAUAUAUAUAUUACACCAGAUUUAAGAAGAAAAGUAAAUAUGAUUUUAAUGGAUUCCAGAUUUAUUAAUAUAAAAAAUUCUAAUUAUAAAAUAUAAACUAAUAAACUAUAAUUUAAUUAUUUAAUAUAUAUAUUUAUGUAUUUAAUAUUGUAUAAUUCACAAAAUUAUAAAAUAAAAUUUCUUCUAUUUACAGUUUUAACAAUAUUUACCUAUUUUUACAUUAUUCUUUAUCUAUUUAAUAUUUUCAAUUCUAUCAUUUAUUCAUUAUCUAAUAAUAUUAAACACUUUUGUAAUACUUCCAUUCUUUCUUCUAAUGAAUUUAUAGCAAUUUGACUUUUAUUUAUAGAUUCUGUUAUGGUAUCAUUCAUAGUCACAAUAUUUGAUCUCUUUUCUGCAAUUUUUUCCAUUAAAAUUUUAUUUUCUUCUUCUAUCUCAUUUACACGCUUUUCCAACAACUCGCUUUCUUCUUUAAUCUUUUGUGCAUCCAAUGAACGUAAAUGCAAAGAUACAUUGCCAGGUGGUCUC